AUGACAUUUCAACACUCCGGGAUGAUAAUAACGCAAAGACAAAUAAAAGAAGAAACAGAAUGUGAGUGUUUGUUUGUUGAAUGCUCGGAUGUGGACCAAGAACGCACUGGAGGUUCAAGCAUGUUGGAUGGUUGUAUAGUCCAUGGACCGUGGGGUGGUUCAUUCGGUGGAGAAUGGGUUUAUAUGCCUCAUCAAGGUUUUACUAGAAAAAUAAAGAUUAGUGUUAGAUAUGGAGAAGUUAUUGACUCCAUUAACUUCCAAACCUGCUUCACAACUGGUGAAACCCUAAGCUCCUCGUUUGGUGGCAAGGGUGGCAACCGAACAGACACGAUUAGCAUUGACUAUCCAAAUGAAUAUCUCAAGUCCAUAAGUGGGACAACAGAGAACUAUCAUGGAUCUAAUGUAGUGAUGUCAGUAUGUUUUAAUACUAACCAGAACUGUUAUGGCCCGUUCGGUACCGAUAGUGGCACUGUUUUCUCGUAUGAUGGCAAAGGCGGCGUGAUAGUAGGUUUUCAUGGGCAUGCUGACAAAUACCUCAAUGCGAUUGGUGUUUAUAUGAUGCCUGAGUCACUUGCAUUUGGCCCAAAUUCUGAAUAUGGAGACAAACUCAUGCCUGAGUGUUUAUUUCUACAGUUAUGCUCUAGCAUGUCUCAAAUGACAAUGCCAAGAGAUGCAGGCCCGUGGGGAGCAUGUGGAGGUAAACCCUGGGAUGACGGACUUUUCUCCGCUAUCAAACGCAUACACGUUCAUGAAGGAGAGCUGAACGCGAUUUACUCGAUUCAGUUUGAAUAUCUGAAAAAAGAUGGCAAAUCUAUUUUGUCUCAAGUUCAUGGAGGAAAAGGUGGUUGUAAAACACAAGUGGUUAAUCUGGAUCAUAAAGAUGAGUACUUGACUGGUAUCUCUGGAUUUUAUGGGACUGUUAAAGGGUAUAACGGAUUGGAAGCGAUAGCAUCGAUAAGUUUUCACACAAACAAGAGGAUCCACGGGCCGUAUGGAGAAGACAAGGGUUGUGGGUACAAUUACUAUAGUUCAACCGCAUCUCCCGGGAAAGUAGCUGGUUUCCAUGGAAGGGAUAAUGGUUUCUUAAGUGCAAUCGGUGUUCAUAUGGAAUAUUUCUGAAGUUAGUGACUGAAAAGGCUAUGUUCUAUAUUUUUGUCUGGUUUGUAUGUUUUAAACUUUGGGAAUAUGUUGGGUUUAAUUUUAUGGAG